AUGUCUUUGGGGUCAUUGAGACCUGAUGUCAGUGACUUUCUCUCGCCUUAUCUGCCACCAAACAAUGAUGAAAACUUAUCAAGGCCCUCGGUAACCCUUACUUAUGCUCAAUCUCUUGACUCCAGAAUAUCAAAGGGUCAUGGUAUUAGAACAACAAUCUCACACCCCGAGACAAAAACUAUGACACAUUAUCUACGAUAUCACCAUGAUGGGAUACUGAUUGGAAGUGGAACUGCUCUAGCGGACAAUCCGGGCCUCAAUUGUAAAUACGGUGGCCCUGAUGCCAGGGAACAUUCUCCGAGGCCAAUAAUCCUCGAUGCUAAACAAAAAUGGAAAUUUAGCGGCUCCAAGAUGCAAGAGCUCUUCCUGAGCGGCGAAGGUAAAAGCCCUAUAAUUGUUGUUGACAAAGAGCCCGCUGAUAAAGAAACUGGUGCCGAGUACUUAGCUUGUAGCUGCACCGAUUUAGGGUCAUUUGAUUGGGAUAAAAUGAUGCAUAUUUUACGCACCAGAUAUAGAAUCAAGUCCGUGAUGGUAGAGGGUGGAGCAAAUGUUAUAAACCAACUUAUAUUGAGGCCCGAUUUGGUCGACAAUCUUGUCAUUACAAUUGGACCCACCUUUUUAGGAAGAAACGGGGUCGAAGUGAGCCCCACAACUGGAAUGUCCCUUUGUGAUGUAAACUGGUGGAGAGGUACCAACGAUGCAGUUCUAGCAGCCCAUCUAUCUAAAUAA